AUUUGCGAAAAUUCUUUCAAUCAAUGGUCUCCGUUCCCACACACAUUUGGACAUACACACAGCAUUUACUUGGAAAUCGUUGAGAAUAGUGGCUGCAAACGAUGAACGGCUUAGAAGUCAGUUGCCGCCUGAUUUUCGAACGAUACACACGCAUUUGAGAAAGUGCUCUCGUUGAAACCGUCUCACUUAUUUGAAUUCCUUUGCAACGAUUUGUUUUUGGUGUUACUUCUCAAUCAAGUCUAAUCGAAAAUAAAUAACUUAAUAUUGUGUUUUUUUUUUGUUGGAGUCAUAAUUUAUGUUUUGGUCAGAACGUGAAAAGGGGGAAAAGAAUAGUGGAGAAAAUGCCAAUUCAUUGGAUUAAAAGCUUAUGAAAUUGUGUGCCAAAAGUCGCGUAAAAUAUGAUGAAUAUGCAAUAUUGUGAAUAUUUAUUAUGUCUUUGAAAUCGUGAUGGUUUUCAUUGGAAAAGUGCGUCUAAAUGUAAAUUUAUUGCUUUUAUCAAUCAGAGAGAAUCGUAAAACUCGUGCUAAAUUUGGAACGAGACUCGUUAAAGUGUAUACGGUGUAAUAAUGCGAGAGUUUCCAGUAACGGUAUCAUCGCAUGUGUACCACAUAAAUUCAAGCGCAUCAAAUUUAUUCGACGAUGAUCAGUAUCAAAGAAAAUUGCCCGCAAUCGAAUCAGAUAUAAAUUGUUUCCACCAGAAACCGACGACCGCACAGCAGCAGCAGCAGCAGCAGCAACACCAGCAGCCGCAGCAGCAACAGCAAACAUGCAGCAACAACAACAAAAAUGCCGCCAAUUAUAUUUGCACAUCAAACGGGGAUCUAACGUCCUUGCAAAGUGGUCGUUUGCAGAACUUUACCAACAUAAAUAACAUUCAUAACAAUAAUUGCAAUCGUUCGCAUAAAAUUGCCGUAAAAAGUGGCAGUUUCCACAGUGGUGGAAAUGAUAAAAAUGUGGAGCUGAGGGGAGAAACUUCUGACGGCAAUCGUAUGACCAGCGCUGGCAAUACAUCUUAUUCCAUAUUCGAUGCAAUCACAAAUGCCGUUACAACUGGGCAUUGUGCGAGCACCGUGUAUCCAACCACCAACAAUCGAAACGAUGCCGAUUUUGAUCAAAUCAAUCUUGGCCCGGAUCCAUUGACCACCUCGACAUCCAUUCAUAAUCUAAAAAAUGCUUCAUCGCAUAUGAACAAUGAUUGCGGACAAUUUCAGCACUACCAUUUCAACAAUACUCGAACACAUCAAUUUCCAUCAGCAAACUACAAGCACAGCUAUCUAUUAUGGAUUGGCACACCUGUGGCAGCCAGUUUUGCUGUUGCAAUUGUAAUCGCUUCGCUCGCUGGACCUCAAUGGCUGUUAACGGAGGAAAAAAUCCGAAAUCCCAACUUCAAUGGAACUAUCAACUAUAACAAUGCCAUAGACGAUGGAAUGUACAUUCUGAAGACAACAAAAUCAAGCCUUUGGAUACUCUGUUUUGCUCAAGGAGUUGAAUACCAAUGCUCAAAAAUUGAUUAUUUCCCAAAGGAUGAAUACAGUCCAGAUCCGAAUGAUUCAACCAUGGCCAUUCCGUAUGCCGUAAUAAAAUCAACGCCAUUUUUUCUCAUAUCCGGAUUCAUUCUAGUUGUUAGCUACCUUAUUCUGAUGGUGGCAAUGUGCUCGCAACGGCACAGCGUUCUCUUCUUCUUUUCCGGAAUUUUUUUCAUCAUUGCAGGUUUGAUAAUGCUAAUUGGAAUCAUCAUGUACAUUUCACUCUUUAAAUCGGAAAUCGGAUCAAAAUUGCGACCCAGAUCGAUGUUUCAGACGCCAUUAUUCACCUAUCGGUAUGGACACAGUUUCAUUCUAUUCAUAGUCGGAUGUAUUUCAGCUGAAAUCGUUGGCACUUUGAAUUUUUUCCUCUUCAUUCAAAUACGUGAGAUCGGACGCGAAAAGGCAAUUCCGUGCUUCAUGUACGCCAGCACAGCAAAAGACGAGCCAGACGAAAAACGAAUUAAUCCCAUUGGACAGGAAUUUAAAGCGCCGCCGCCUUUUAAAUGUCAUAAGCAUCCGACCAUUCCGAAAGCAUUUUUCUCGCCGCAUACACAGCGCCGGUAUUUUUUCGAAAAGCCCGUACCGAAAUGCGAUGCAACACAAAAAAACUUGGCGAAGAGCUUGAAUGAAUUGUAUACGGAGCCAGCGCCGGGCACAUUAUUUCCAUACGAUUUGCCGCAUGAAUUCCCAUUAACACGCAGUGUAUCCACCACAACUGACAUAUUUUCCAAUUGUUCGGGCGGUUUCAACUCGGCAAACACUAAUUCGCACAACCCGCUUCGCAUGUAUACACCGCAACUGAAUAAGAGAUCCAUGAAUCGACAACAGCUACAGGAAUACGCCAUGCAAAAUCGUGACUAUAAAUCAAUUUCACGAGAUGGAUCCCACGAUAGUUUGAAUGAUACGGGCGGCAUGGCCGUAAAUAAAGGCAUUCUGACAAAUCGUGAAAAAUCCAAAGAUGAACUGUUCAUGGAAUUUUGCCGGAAAGCCGGUCAACGGCCGAAACCGAAGGAUAUUUACUACAUUGAUACGACAUACGAUGGGGCGGCCGAAAAGGACGUAUUUAUUGUUGAGAAUUAUGCGACCAUUCGAAAGAAUCGACGUAACUCAAAUCUCAGCGGAACAAACCAAAAGGUAACCAACGUCUAUAAUUCAAAUCAAUCGCUAAAGGAUUUGAAUAACUGUAACGGUGGUGGUGGUGGUGGUGGUGUUAAAAACUCCUAUCCGAACAAUUUAUUCGACACAAACAGUUUUGGCGGCAGCACCGAACGGGCGGCCGUAUUACUAAAUGGCUCGCGGGACAAUUAUUUCUCGAACAGUCGAAUUAACUCACGUGACUCUAAUUUGUAUGCGAGCCGCACACUGCCACGCGAUUUCCUUAAGAGAAACAUUGACUACGAUGUAGAUGAGUUCUCUAAUCGGCGCAUAUCAGCUUCAGGUUUGUACACGCCGUACAAUAUGAGCAUGACAUUACCGUUAACAGAAACGGCGACUAUUUCGGCGCCAAAGGAAUUUACUGAUCCCACCACCGAUUAUUAUAAAAAAUCUUAUGAUACGCUCGCCUCGCGCAACAGCCGUCAACGUGAUGCGUACACAGGGAGUGAAGACACUUUGUCUGUGCAAUGGCCAAACGCAAUACCCGGUUCACCGGCCAGCUUUUCAAAUCGUUUCAAUUAUGGUCCGUCAUUUUCACCGAACACACAACGUAAACCGGUCCAAAUGUCUACAUUUUAUUCGCAACAUUUUCCACGUCAAGCCAAACAACAGACACCUGUUAAUAAGGUUGCAUUUUUCCAACACGAACGCACUUCAAGUGGUGUUAACACUCAAUCACGAUAUAACGAUAAUGGUGAAUAUGAAAGUGGCACUCAGACCGGUAAUGAGAAUGGUAAUGGCUCAUCCAGUGGUGGCAGCGAUGAAUGUACCACAUUCGAUUUAGAUCGCAUGGAACGCGAACGCCGGAAGUCACACGCAAGCUUAUUUGAAAUUGAAGUCGAUUUCACGAAUGGAACACCCGUUUAAAAUUGACAAUUUUAAUUUUUCCCAUUGUUUUGUCGAUGUCAUUUAGCGCACAUGGUGUUCAUUCCCAAUGGUACUUUGCCGCCUCAAACACGUCACGUCAUUAGAGCAAAUAUGCGUUUUAUCAUUUGAUUAGAUGUUACCAUUUUAUUGCGUAUAUUCAUGUAUUGAACUGUGUGUCGCCAGAUUUCGCACUAAAUGCAGUAGAAUACAUAUUUUGCACAGUGAACACAUUUUCCCAUGGAAAUACGGUUUUUCCUUGUGCAUUUGUUUCCUAAUUACAAUCGAAGCCAUAUUUCAAGUGAUUUUUUUGUCUGUGUAUCUUGCACUCAGCAAUCGAGAUUCCUAGCAAAGCGAAAUAAUAAGCGUUUAAAAAAUAGCAUUUAUGUAAGUGUCGCAAUAUACCCGGAACAUUUUUAUUGUAAAAGAUAAAUACACUGAAUACAGGGCAAGUUGAUUUGUAUGUUUAUAAAAUAUUCAAUAAUAAUGUUACUUAUGAUUAUUGGUGAUACCUAAAAAAAAUCGUUUUGAUCAGUCAACACAAUUUGAGUUAGAACCGUUAUCAUUGAAAAGAUUUAUUGAAAGAGAAAAAAAUUAUUAUCUAUUUAAAAUGAAAACAGAGAAAAUAGAACAGCAAAUUUAUUUGAGAAGAUUUUCCUAUUUUGUGCACAUCUUUUGAUCGUUUAUUUUGAUGCCAUAACACAUUGAUAUACUAAUAUAUAGACAAAUGUCCAUUCAACAUUUAGAUUUUAUUCGCACAACGUUGAAGCAACACAUUAAUUUUGACAAACCAUUUUUACCAAAUAAAAAUUUAUGUAUAAUUAUGAGAAACACAA